GGGCAUAAUCCUCGUGUCCAUGGUCGAUGAUGAUGAGGUGCUGUGAAGGAUGCGCAGAUACACUACAAUGAUUCGAAGGCAGUUGACUAUGAGUCCACCUUUCGAGGAUUCGCCUUUGCUGCUGCCUUCUCAGCUUUGCGCUUUUCGGCAGCAACACCUCUGCAGUCAGGUUGUCUUCGCAGAUAUCAAACGAGACACUUCGGAAGAUAUCGCCAGCUUGCCGACCCUCAGCGUCAAGAAGAAUCAGACGAGAUGCUGGUGGACAAAGCUACACCGCUAUCAUUUAAUCUGGAUGGAGAUGGACUGCAUAUGUGGGAAGGAACUCGAACUUCGCUUUGGAGGUUUGGCACGACUGCCAUUUCUGGAUGUUGAAGCAGUCUGCAACGACCUGGCCUUCAAGCUGCAGCUUCCUCUUGCAUUCCGGCGUGAUGCCAGUUUCCGAAUGGGAGCCUUAGCAGCUGCUGGGAUGGCAUCCAUAUGCUUGCGCAUUGCCUCUCCAACCUUGGAUGGAAACCAGAAUGACCGAAUGCGCUUGAGCUGUUGCCUGCAUUGGAUUGUUGAUGCACUAUCAGAUUUGCCACAUUGCCAAAAUCAAGAAGGAGCAGACGCUGGGCAUGUGGCGCCAGUGGCUUCUGUUUGCCAAAGCAGCGCAUGAGGACUGUCCAUCCACGAAUCGUUGUUCCAGGGACUCUGCGGCAGAACCCUUCCAUUCCAACGGCCUGGCAGCUGAAUAAUUG